GUAUGCUCGUAAAAGCUACACUUGAGAAACUACUGCUCCCAUGGCAAAGACAGCUACUAUUGCUUCAUCUCUUUGUUUCCACUUGUUCAUGUUAGCCAUUUUGUGUCUGCACUCCACUGAGGCUACCCUGCCGGUACCGGCCAUAUUCAUAUUUGGUGACUCGACCUUCGAUGUGGGGACUAAUAAUUUCUUAAAAGAUAGUCAAGCGACGGCGAAUUUUCCUUACAAUGGGAUUGAUUUUCCUUAUUCUGUACCUACUGGUAGGUUCAGCAAUGGCUACAACAGCGCAGACCAGAUUGUGAGGCUGUUCGGCUACAAAAGGAGUCCGUCGCCGUUUUUGUUGCUUCUCAACCAUGGUUCCAGUUUCAAGAAGAGAAUACUCCGAGGUGUCAACUUUGCAUCAGGAGGAUCUGGGAUUCUUGACUCAACGGGCUCCCAACCUGACGUUAAAAUGGUGAUUCCAUUGACAGAACAGAUCCAGCAGUUUUCCACAGUUCGUGACAACAUUACAGCUUUACUGGGUCCACACAACACUGCUACGAUGCUUUCUCAAUCACUGUUUCUCAUUAGUGUCGGAAGCAAUGACCUCUUCCAAUACCAACGUAGUAUUAAUAUGCCUGUCCAAGAGUUCCUGGACACUCUUCAGCAAACAUAUCAGAAUCAUCUUCAGAAACUGUAUGACUUGGAUGCUCGAAAAUUCGGUAUUGUAAGCAUUCCACCAAUUGGCUGCUGUCCUUUUCAACGUUUCAUUGGAAAAACUGGUGAAUGCGUCAAGGAAUCCAAUGAUUUGGCUCAAUCAUUCUACAAUGGUACUGAAACCAUGUUAAUCAAAAUGAGCUCUCAAGCUGUAGGGAUGAAGUACUCACUUGGAAAUGCUUACGCAAUGACAUUGGACAUCAUAGACAACCCACUAGUUUUUGGUCUGAAGGAGGUGAAACAAGCAUGCUGUGGGAAUGGAAGCUUCAAUGGAGGAGUCCCAUGUAAUGCAAGCGCAAACCUUUGUUCUGAUCGGCAAGAGUACUUGUUCUGGGACAGGUUCCACCCGAGUGAGGCUGCUUCUAGAUUGGCAGCUCUAACCCUCUUUGGUGGAGAAGUAAGAUAUGUGACACCCAUGAAUUUUAGCCAAUUGGUCCAGGCUAAUUAAUGCCUUCAAUCCUGAAAAUAAUAAGCAGCAGAUGAGCUUAAUCAAAGGAUAAUAUAUAUCCUACACACUUUCUAUGAAUUAGUUUUUUCUUUUCUUUUCUUAUUAUGAAAAAAAAAAGAAGCUAUAUAUGAAUUUGUGAUUUUGAAUAACCUCCAUUCACCAUUUUGCACCAGGAUUUCUAUCAUGUAACUGUUCCAUAUAGGCAAAAAAGAAAAAUCCGUUUUUA